CACUUUCGCUUUCUCCCUGAAGCUGAGCCGUUGUUUUUAAGCGCUUAAUUUUCAGGAAACGGCAAAUGUUUACUUUCUGCAGACUUCGUCUUAUACCGCUGACGGCUGUAAACAAAAGAGCUCACCUUAACAAAGCUGCAGGUGCAACAGGAAGUGAAGACUUUGUCAAAGAAAAUCUGCAGAUGUUCUCCUGCUGUUUUAGAUCAUACAGCUCAUCUCCUUGCAAAUCUCAGUGAGACGGUCUUCAGUUCAGGAAAUUCUUCAUUCUGCUGUAUAAAAUGACUUCAGGAGGAAAUUCUUUGACAGCUGCAGUGUUGCUGUUAAUCAUGAUGAAAGUCUUCAGUGUCCUCACUCUCUCGUGUCCUUCAACAAUGUAUCAAGUAAAAGACCUAUGCUGUCCAAAGUGUCCUGCAGGAAAUCGAGUCAAGACAGAUUGCACAGAGACUGCAAACACUUCCUGUGUGGCCUGCGAGGGUGGAACCCACAUGGAUAAGCCCAGUGGACUCAAACAAUGCACUCACUGCACAAUCUGUGACCUAAGUUUUGGUCUGAAGGAGAACAGGACAUGCACAUCAACAUUAGAUACAAUUUGUAAACCAGAGGAUGGAUUCUACUGUGUUCACUAUGCAGGUGUUCACUGUGAGACAGCACAUGAACACAAACGCUGUAACCCAGGGGAAUACAUCAGCCAAGCAGGAACAGCCUUCAGAGACACUGAGUGCUCUGACUGCAGCAAUGGGACAUUUUCAGAUGGAACUUUAAAGUUUUGUCGGCCACACAGAUCAUGUGAAUCACUGAUAAGACCAGGAAAUGCUACAACUGAUGCUCAGUGUGAAGAACAAGAUGUUUAUAAUGUGAUCCGUCGUUGGAUCAUCACUGGCUGCUCGUUACUGAUUUUAGUUAUUAUCAUACUUAUAGCUUUUUGUGUCAUCAAAAAAAAGUCCACGUGUCUAAACAGAGAUGAAAAAACAAGUGUGCGCCUCACCAAAGUAAAGAAGACUAAGAAUGAAGAAGGAAGAACAGAAGUAGAGGCACUGAGAAAUCACCUACAAACACCAGAGUGAAACGAUUUAAAGGUUUACAGAAGAAAGUUUGCCUGCAGACCUGCUGUAACUCCAGCUGGAUGCUGGGACAUUGUGUUCGCAGUGAACAGAAAACUGCAAACUUUCGUGAAUCACUCCUGUCCGGACUAUUACCUGGAAACUGGACGUUAUCUGAAGACAAACUGCUAGAAUUGAAGAUUCAUAAUCUUUACUGCAUCAUGAUGAACACAUGGCUGGUAUCACGGGAAUAGUUUGGAGUAUCUUCUAAAUCUUUCCAGCGUUUUUCUAAAGAAUUUCUUUAAAAAAAAGAAUUUUAUUAAAAAAGUUUUGAACUUUAAAAAGUAUAAUGAUGAUGCUAACUUAUGAUUCAAUUGAAAUUGUAUGUCACAAUAAUUUAUGUAGUAUAUUAUUAAUAUAUAUUAUAAUAAUAUGGCAUAGUAAAGUAUAUAAGGUCUCAAAGUCCAGUCGGGUCUUUCUACAUCAGAAAAAUUUGAUUUUAUUUUUUGGAUUUUUUUUAUCUAAACAUGGUUUUUAAUGGAGUGUUGGAUAAGUUCACAUGUUGCUCUUUCAAGUGAAAGUACACAUGUUUUGUUUUUGGUUUUUUCAUCCCAGAUGUGUAACCUCAGUUUCAACAAAGUCGGGACACUGUGUAAAAUGUGCAUUUAAAAAUAAAGAAUGCAAUGAUUUUCACAUUUUAUAAACCCAAAUUUUAUUCACAUUAAAAUGCAGAAAAUAUACCAAGU